AUGGCUCACGAAGGCUCGAGGCAGGAAAGGCAAAUGCGAGGAGACCGUGGGGUGACGCGAUCCAAGGCAGAAAAGGCACGGCCACCCACAGUACCAGUGCCACAGGUGGAUAUCGUGCCUGGGAGACUCAAUGAGUCAGAGUGGAUGGCACUUACAGCUCUUGAGGAGGGAGAGGAUGUGGUAGGUGACAUCUUGGCCGAUCUUCUGGCUCGGGUCAUGGACUCUGCCUUUCAAGUCUACCUGGCCCAACAGUGCAUUCCAUUCACCAUCAGCCAGGCCCGGGAAGCCAUGCUGCAGAUCACCGAGUGGCGCUUCCUAGCCCAUGAUGAGGGAGAAUCUGCAGUGGCUGAGGACCCCACGUGGGGUGAGGAUGAGGAGCCAUCACCCUGCACUACAGACUCUUGGGCUCAAGGCUCAGUGCCAGUGCUGCGAGCACCCACCUUGGAGGGCCCGCAGGAGAACUUACAAGGCGAAGGCCCUAGGAACCUGGACCAGAUGCCUUUAGGAAGAUCACGGAUGAGUAGAGGCUCCCAGGAGCUGAGGCAGCCUUGGGAGCCUUCCCAGGAGGUGAGAAUCAACCCCAGUACCCCUCCCAUGCCAGACGUGUUUCAGGAGGCAGGGCCCAGAGAUCCUUUAGAGGAACCUGACCCCCUCAUCACCAAGUCCUUGAACAAGAGCUUCCAAGAGAACUUCCAGUCGGUUCAGGUGGCAUCUGCUGACAGUCCUGGUCCUCUGGAGCUGUCCCUGGUAGCCAGCCCCAAGGCCUUGGCCAAGACAGUACAGCCAUUCGACUCCCAGGUGUUGGAGAACCUCUGCUAUGGCCUGCCCCAGGUGGAUGCGGCUGAGGACCAGCUAGAGCUCAAGACAAAGGGAGUACCCAGGGCAGCCUCAGGUGUGCCAGUCCCCACUGUGGGCAGCCCCACCAGGUUCAGCCCCUCAGCAUCCGUCCAGCCACAGUGGCCCUUGAGCCUGGAUGUGCAGCUGAGCAUGCCUCCCUACAGGGCCCGUAAGGCGGCUACGCGCCUGGACCCUGCGCGGUUCCCGCGCCAGUGGGUGCGCCCCCUGGCCGAGGUUCUGAUCCCAGAUUCCGAGGCGCACCCCUUAGAAACCUACCGUGGGCAUCAGCAUAGUAGUGAGAAGACCCAGACGCCUGCAGAACCCCAAUCCCCAAUCCCCGGUGCCAGCGUCUUCCAGGCAGCAUUCUUUCCUUUCCGGUCUGGUGUUCCUUUCCGUGCCUUGGGUCCGGGCCCCAAAGUCCAAUCCUCCACGUUAAACUUAAACCUACCUUCGCCAACCUUCGGGUCAAAAAUACCAUUCCCCAGUCCUGGGCUCCGCUUCCUUACCAAGCGACCAAAGCUCCUUGAUGUGGCCCAUAUCCCCAGCCCCAAGCUGUGGCCCAGUGCUAAGUGGCCCACCGGCUGGGAAGGCGAGGCUGAGAUGCUGGGCGACCUAUGGGCUGGCCGGACCCCUGUGUCAGCACAGGGGCUAGAGCCCACAUACAGAGAGGGCCAGGAUCUUCAAAGAUGGCCUCGAACUACACGCCAGGUCCUGGAAGCCACAUCCCAGGUGCUGUGGAAGCCCAUGUUGCUGCCAGAAGCCAUGAAGCUGGCCCCUGGUGUGAGCAUGUGGAACCCAGCUACCCAGGUGCUGCUCAGUUCUGCUGUGCCCCAGCAGGAAGACAAAGAAGGUGGCACCUUUCCUCCCAUUGACCAGCACCCCAUCCAGACAGCUCCCCUGAAGCCCCGGGCAACCAUGUCACAACUAAUGAAGAGCUCAGUCCCCAAAGCAUGGUCACUCCCUUGCAAGCCCCUACCCAAUUCUGACACCUGA